CGCCGCGCAAGAAGGUCCUCACAAGCAGGCAUGAAAAUAGAAGUGAAAACUGCCGGGAGAAUAUCAUUUCAGAUAAUAUAAUUACAUUUUAAUCUAUUUAAUCAGUAUAUGUUAAGCUCUGAUAAACGGCACCAUGUUUAUCUCUUCACAAAACUCACCGCCCUCCUUCAAAGAUUUCACCCUCGUCCUGCCAGCAGUGGCGGUUGGUAAUGUGGGCCAGCUGGCUGUGGACCUCAUUGUGUCCACUCUCAACAUGACCAGAGUGGGCUACAUACACACAGACUGUCUCAUCCCCAUGACUGGAAACAACCCGUACUCCACCCGCAAAGAAGACACUGAGGAGCUGCACACUCCUGCAGAAGUUUACACAGCAUCAGAACUGAAGAUGGCAGUUCUUCAAAUCAGGGCGCCAGUUAUCCAGUCAAAAUCUAAAAAGUUCCGUCAGCUGCUCGUCUCGUGGAUCAAAGCCAGCGGGUUCUCCAGGACUGUCGUUCUGUCCAGCAGUCAGGCCUACCAGAGGGACGACCAGCAGAUGCAAGGCACUCCUUUGAGGUACCUGGUGACUCCUUCUCUGCUGAAGGUGAGCGCGGACGUGUUGAAGGAGCUUGGCUGGAAGGAGAUGGAGCAGGUGUCGGCGUACCCGGGACUAUCGGACGCCAACGCAGAGCCUCGCCUCUACGUUCCUGGAGGAGGCAUAACUAAAGGACUCUACACAGACAGCUGUGCAGAGGACGUCCCGCUGGCUGUGCUGCUGCUCUUCUGUUCAGAAGGCGACAACAUCCCAGACGCCUUCACGCUUGUAAACCACCUCAACGACUGGCUUCACCUGCUGGACGAUCCUAGCCAAAAGCCCAACAAAUGGAAAAUCCCAGCUUCCUGGAGUCUUCUCUUUGGGAGCGGCAUCCCUCCAGCACUCUUCUGAGACACAAAUCAAGUGUUUGCUAUUUUAUGCUCAUAAUUAGCUUCUGGUAAAAGCAGCAAAGUCUUAUAUAUGUGUAUUAUAUUGAGAUGACCUGGUCUGGACCUAAAACCUUAAAAUAACCCUCCCACUCAGAAUAAUCUUUUAGCUGUACAAACAUAACUUCCAGUACAGGAAUUGACCCAAACGAGCACUUCAGGAAUUCUAUUUCCUAGUAUUGCAAGAUUUGAUUUGUUUUUUUUCCAAUAAAAGGUUGUGACAAGAA